UGGACUCUUGAUCGUGUUGGUGCUUAUCGGCCGGCGAGGUGAAGAGUGAAAGCGAAAGCCCCGCUGGUCUCUGGUAGCAGAACGCAGCUGCUGGGAGCCCUUGGUUGACCACCAUAGCAACCUUCUGAUCCUGUCAGUCAGGAUUCUCACUGUGUUGGAGAACACCGAAUCAGGAUAAGUUAGUCUAGCCUUCACACCAGCUAUUGUGUUGCUGGCUUUCGAUAUCAUCACGCAACAACGAUCUUCUCAUCAUAUCUAAUUUACAGGGUAUGCAGCUAUCUGCUUGAAAGCUCUCACAAUGGGUGUCGACGCCCGCAGACCUAUGCUGCCCGCCCCCACUGAGUCCAUCACUGGGGGGAGCGCAACCGGAACAGAUCUCGCAACAGACGUCUCUCGACGUACAGAUAAGACGUCCUAUUCCAUCCCAGAUGACGGAAGUCCCAUCACGAUACCGACUCGUCGCAAGUCACGUAACCGUGACAAAGACGAAUCCUCCAACAAGCUUACUCGCUCUUCCCAUCAGUCACAGACCUCUCUUCUGAUAGAAUAUUUCGAGGGAGGGAAAGGGACUGGAAGCUUGCAUUCCAGGCCGAGUGUGAGAGUCAGGGUGACCCCAUCUGCAGCGAGAAAGUUGAGGGACCAGACCGAUCACAUCCAAAUAACGGAGUCUGGUGGAAGCCGGAAACCAGUCUAUACCCGGCGCAUUUCUCUCGGAAACUCAUCGAAGCAAAAGCAGCCUCCAGAAGCAGCUAUCGACGACCAGAGCAUCAGCUCGUACAAUUCUGCCGGCGACGAAGGCAAUACAGCUCCCCGACGCUCGCCCCUCGAGAUCGAAUUCGUCGAUCGUGACCAGACGAGCGAAGUGUCAAACGUAUCCCGGGAUGCAAGAUACAUGCUGCCCACAUCCGACAUAUCAUCUAUGCCACCAGACAGUUUACUGGACGGGCCGUCUGUUCAAACCCCCAGGCGCAAACGCAGCCAAAGCCUCAAUAGAGAAGGCGCUCGAGAAGUCGACGACCUUCUAAAGGCUCCUUCGCGACGUCGUAGCCGCAGCCUGAGCAGGGAACGAAUAGCUCAUAAGGUUGCUGAGAAACUCAAUAAUCCGCCGCGCGACACGUCUGGCAACCAUGCCAAACGAUUGGAAAAGAGUAUGAGCAGGGCCCACAGCAAAGAGCUCCUUGAGACAGACUCCAAAUCAUCUAGGCGGAAACUGCAGAAGAGUCGGGAAGAUGACAUCCCCGCCAGCCCAGAAUCAAGCCUGCUUAGUGCCUCAGCAGUAUCAUCUCGACGCAAGUCGGGUGACCAAUAUUCCUUCCGCUCGGGUACGUCGAGGUCGUCUAUCAACAACCCUAAACUGCUCGAGACAGUUGAAGAUGCGAUCCGACGCUUGAUCUUACCAGAACUGAAGGAGUUGAAGAAAGAUCAGAAGGUCACCUCCAAUACCUCCAAAUUUGAACGUGAGAUGGGUGCAUCUCGUGGUUCGGGCAGCUCGGCUUCCAGAGAUGAACUAGGACGACGUCUAUCGAAGCAUGCUAGUGCACCGGACGUGAAGAACCCCACGGUUAUUCUUCACAAAAGCAGCAAAGACGAGGGCAUUAUUCUCUCAGAUGAUCGAUCGACAGAGCACAAAGAACAAGAGAAGGAGAACGAGGUGACUUCUCCGUCGGGUAAGACCUACAUAAAGGGCGCUCGUCCUGACUUGACGGAAGAAGAGAAACUACGUCGCCAGAGGAGCAAGGGACUGCGUGACGCUGAGGCUGCGGCUAUUGUUGGAACUGCCCUCACAACUGCAGCACUCAAACAUCAUGAUUCCCAGUCCAGUAUGGACAGACGAGAGCGCCGCAAGAGAAGGAGCAGGGGCCACAGCAGAGAUCCCAGCUUUAACGAGACUGAACUCGUGUUCCAGAAACAUAAUGUUGCCCCCAUGCCAAUGCGCAGCGAAAUUGACUCGGAGCUGACUCGGGAAUCGAUCCUUUCUCAGCGAACAGCGGGAACAGAAACAUCCCACCAGGGAGUGGAGGUUCGUAACGUAUCUCAUGGCUCGCCACGAGGAGCUGGGUCAUCUGGCUCGAGCACACCUACUCGUCGUACUCCUCGCGGUGGUAGACAACUAGGCACCUAUCACAGCAAUAUGUCAAACGGUGAUCUUAGCAUACACAGUGCUUCUGAGCGCGAGUUGCACAAGAGAAGUCAUUAUUCUCUCGCAGACUCCGACAGUGGUACUGCUGGUGCCAUUGCAGCAGCCGCAGCAGCAAACCUCUUGGACGACCAUCAACCUUAUGAUAAUGAAGCUGAGCCAGAUUAUGCAGACCAGAGAGCUCUGAGCCCUAUUCAGAGUGUCGCGAGCGACAACAAUGAUACCGAACGAGGUGGAGAGUGGCACUUCGAGACUGCGGAGCAUGGUGAACCCAGAUUAUCCAUCGACUCCCUAUCUUCUGCACCUAGAGAUGAGACACAGGACCGAUACGACAAAGCUGGGGCGGAACUCGGGUACGAAGAGGAGUCCCCCAGGGAACCGAAAGAAGGCCAUUGGGAGGAGGAGUCUGAAACAGACGAGGACGACACAUACCGCCAUUCAACAGCCCGACCCAGUAUUGAGGACAUUGGAACCGAUGAGAAACGGAUGACGAAUUACACAGACGACAGCCUUGACGCCUCCUAUGUGGACAAGGCCGCUGAGGGACGGCAGGUUUCUGACGGCGUUGCCGCGAAACCAGAAUAUGUCCAUCCCCCCGUUGCUGUGGAAUCGGCAGUGGCAUCACUCCUCGAUCCAUCUGUUCUUUCAGGGACUCGUUCAGGCGUGGAUUCCCCCAAUCAGCACUGGGCUGGAAGUCCAAAAGUUGGUGGAGACGCGGCCGGGGACAUGUAUGGGAGCGACCGCGGAAGUCCCCUCAAACAGAGACAGGACGCCGCUACCCAGGAUGAGACGUCGUUCCCUAAGCGUAUGGGUGUUACAUCUCCUCCUCAGAGCGUAGCUCAGUCAUUUGAGGAUGAGGAUGAAGACGAGCAGCCACGAGGAGACACGACUGGUGUGACAGAUGCAGAAAGCCCCAUGCCUGAAGAUGAACAUGUUCCUGACUCCGAGUCAGAGAUCAACACAAACCCUUCCAUUAUUCAGGGUCCUAUUGCUGGUGUCCCGCAUGAUAAUAUGGACCAUUGGCCCUAUAACCCUACACCUCCAAAAUCCUUGGGAGAUCACUACUCCGCUGACCGAGACUUUGACAAUAACAUGGCUGACGGCGGCAUGGGAUUUACGGAUCCCACUGGUUAUGAUACCUACUAUCAGUCUCCUUAUGGGAAUAGUUAUGGGCACGAUUAUAUGGCAGGCAAUAUGUAUUCGACGCCACCCGGAGCGAAAGACGAAGGGUACAUAUCAGCGGCCAAUCCACGCUCUCCAAGUAUCGCGACGCCGGAACAGAAAGACAAAGAAUACACUGGUCUUUUUGAUAACAGCCCUGAUGAUACGUUUACUCCAGGCCAUCAGCGCCAAAUUAGUGGCUAUUCGCACGGAAUCCCAUCUCCUUUAUAUGACAGCGCCACUGGAAGGGGCAUUGAGGCUAUACAGUCGAAGGAUAUCGUUGCUCUGAUGGAUCAUCUCACUGUGCGGGACGCCCAGCGGAAUGCCAGGGACACCGAAAUCCUAGUUACUCUGGUACGGAGUGCAGCCGAGAUGCGUAACUCAUUCGAAGAAAUGAAGCGUUUCAUUGCUGCCCAGGAUGGAAUUAUCAUGGAAUCCAACGAGAAGCAGCAUGAGCGCACACAUAAAAUCAUUGGCGGGCCGAGACCUCUUCCACCCAGUGGCUCUCGCUCGCGCCAACUGGCAGCAGAGGACGGCGAAGACUUGCGCUCGAAGAGGCGCAAUGUCUUCAAACGGGCAUUGAAGGGGCUAAGCCUCAAAUCUUCCAACGAUUUGACUAAGAUUGAAGAUAUGCUUAUGCAGCUUCUGGACGAAGUCGAGGCUCUGCGCACUGCGCAGGGAGGUGGAAAUGCUGGAGCUGGACCACAGCCCGCGAGCGUGGGAUCGACUGAGCACGGUCAUAGCUCAUACCAAGAUGGUUAUGAGCCUGAAGGCCAAGCGGGCACUUCUUCCACUGGAGAUCAGUCUGGCUAUCUGUCUAAUUCUUCACGCCCUGUUCCCGAAUCCCAUGGCUUGAGCGGGCGAAGAGGAUCCGAAAAUCGCGUCAGCACUGUUCCGGAAGCAGAUGAAGAGCUCGAGACUGGUGAUAAGCAUGACCAGGAAUUUUCCGGUCGCCGCUUUUCUAGCGAUGAUCGAUACUCUAGCCGCGAGGUGCGUGGCAACUCAGUGCCCUUAUCUUCACCGCCACGAGUGCCCGUCGCAUCCGGUGCUCUCAGCAACGAAACGUCGCCCAAGACAAAUGAGAAAUCGAAGAAACACAAGUCCAGCAGUUCUUCGUUCUUCCCGAAGAUAUCCCGGUGGUCGAAGACCACUGCGUCUUCCAUGGGUGAUAAUAUUCGCAACACCAUCCAACCUAGUCGCAAGGAGCGCCCGUUUUCUGAUGCGUCUCGCUCUGGCUCGGAUCUCGUUCACGGACCGUACAACACAGAGGACUAUUAUGAUCCGAAUGGCGAUGACAAGAUACGCUCAACGUACACCCUGGAUGAAGGACGACGACAAGAAAAUCGACCACCGUCUCCUCUCGUUCCCUCCCAGGUCUCCGACAACCCCAAAUAUCAAGCGCAUCGAGAUAGUCUAGACUUGCAGCAUCCACAGCCUCGCCAGGGUCCCACCGGACGGUAUCAGUCUCAAUUGGAGUCAGAGGCGCAGAAUUUCACCCCUACAUCCCCCAACUCCGAACCAUGGGGUUCCAACCCUAGCCUUCUACAUCCGGGUCAAAAUCAGAACCGAUUUAGUUACGGAAGCCGCCUUUCACCAAUAUCGGAUGCAGGCUAUUCAGAGCAGGCCUCUCUGUCAGAGAAGCAGAACGCCCCUCCAAGACCUCCCAAAAUUAAGGAUGAUGGGCCUCUCGUGCCUCAGCGGCCCCCCAAGGUCAAGGAAGAGGAGCAGCAGCCAAGCUAUGCGGAUCGCAUCGCGUCUCGGGUAAGUAAUUCUGUUAUACAGGGGCUUUUUGAUAACGCGGAACUAAACAUUCUACAACAGGGUUCCAUGCAAUCUACUCCCCCUCAGCGCAAGCCAACCGGACCUCGCCCAAUCACUGGCUCUGGUCAGUACGGCUCGGGAAACGUCAGAAGACAUCGAUACAGAGGAAGUCCCGACCAGAUUGAUGACGACUACUGAACUGGCAAUGCACCACUUCUCCCCGAAUCCUCUCAACCAUGGUGUAUGAUGUUACGCGUUAUGAUUCCUAUUACUUUGUGGUCUUUUUGCUUUGAACAUAUGUUUUAGCGC